UUCACAUGUGCUUGCCCGCAGCAACUGAAGGGCUUGUAUUUUAGCAGAGCUUUAGGUCUGCUUUGGUUUGUUGCUUAACAGUAGCAGGGCAAUCAGAGCUCUGCUGUAGUGUUCUACUACUCUUUUCUUGAUAGACAAGGGAAGGUCCAGGCUGAAAGUCUGGCUUCUUGUUUUUCUGCAAUGUUUCAAACAACGCCAGCUAUUCUUUUGGGAAUAGCUCUCCUAUUCACUGCUGUUUCAGUCACUCCAGUAUCUGCUGGUUCGUGUCAAGGGAACGGCAUAACAGUUUGCUGUACUCCUGACAAUUGCCCACAACAGAUAUCUCCCGAUGGUUGCUACUGUGACACCACUUGCCACCAACAUGGAGAUUGCUGUGAUGAUAUUGAUGAAGUCUGCCCCACAGAAUCCUGUACCGAUGGUGCUGUAAGGUUAUCCGGUGGUUCCAAUGCACAGGAAGGAAGAGUUGAAGUCUGCCUUGAUGGGAAAUGGGGGACAGUAUGUCACCAGAAAUGGAGCAAUGCAGACGCUCGUGUUGUAUGUAGACAGUUGAACCAAUCCUAUACUGGAGCAGCUGGCGUGAGGAAUGCUCGCUUCUCUCAAGGAGACGGGCCCAUUCACAUGACGUCCGUCAACUGCACCGGAUCUGAAUCCUCCAUUUUUGACUGCAACUUUGACAACGAGACAAUCGGCUGUAACCACGGGAUGGACUCUGGCGUCAUCUGCAGUCGAGCUACUUGUGACGAUGGAGAGGUUCGAUUGGCCAACGGGUUCUUUUCGUCUCAGGGAAGAGUUGAAGUUUGUCUCGGAGGUACUUGGGGUACCGUCUGUGAUAAUGCUUGGGACAGGCUUGACGCUGUUGUUGUAUGCCAGCAGCUGAAUAUGAGUACUGACCGUGUUCUUUCUGUUGGGAGAGCUCACUUCGGUUCGGGUAAAAGUGCCAUCAACAUGAAUGAUGUUCAGUGCAAAGGAACCGAGAGCAGACUCAUUGACUGCAAGUACAAUGAGAACAGCGACUGUACUCAUGCUGAAGAUGCUGGAGUGUUCUGUGGUAUUAGAUUAGGCUGUAUUGAUGGUACUGUCAGACUAGCUAAUGGCUCUAAUGCUACUGAAGGACGUGUUGAAAUAUGUGUUGGGUCCUCAUGGAGGACAGUCUGUGAUGACGGUUGGGACAGAUAUGCUGCUAGUGUAGUCUGUAGACAAUUGGGGUAUCCUUCAGCAGGUGCCCUAGCAUUCAAUGGUUCAAUGUUUGGUCCUGGUGACUCCUCUUAUGAGAUACUCUAUACCCAGGUCACUUGUACUGGGCAUGAGACCAACUUAAGAGGGUGUGGCUUUAUGACUCCGAACUCGUCCGAUUCAAAGUGCACUCAUGCUAGGGACGCUGGUGUGAGGUGUCUCCCUGGACUUGGUGAGUGCACAGCUGGGAGUGUUCGACUGGUAGAAGGUGCUGAUGAGUAUGAGGGUCGUGUUGAAGUCUGUCUCUUUGAGAGAUGGGGUACUGUCUGUGAUCACAGCUGGUCCACUCCUCAUGCCGAAGUUGUUUGCCGCCAAUUAGGACUACCCACACUUGGUGCUACUGCUUAUUCUGGUGCUUAUUUUGGUAUUGGUGCAGGCCCUAUACACAUUGAUGAUGCUGUCUGUACUGGAGAUGAGACCAAUAUCACACAAUGUACCUUCACAUCUAAUGACAACUGUCUACAUCUUAAUGAUGCUGGAGUCAGGUGUCCCUGUGUUCAUGGUGAUGUACGUCUUGUUGAUGGUCCCACUAAAAUGGAGGGACGUGUUGAGAUAUGUAUUGAUGGAGUCUGGGGUACCAUCACUGAUGACGGUUGGGACAGUUUUGAUGCCAAUGUGGUCUGUAGACAACUCGGUUUCAUGGGAAACGUGUCCUUCCCAAAGCUUUAUGCUGCCUAUGGUAGAGGUGUUGGUCCCAUACACAUGACUAUUGUUACCUGCUUUGGGUCCGAGUCACGUCUCAUUGACUGUCGAUUCAAUCCAAACACUAGAAGUGAAUCGCAUGCUGAAGAUGCUGGAGUUGCAUGCUACAAUGGAACAACUACCGAUAGCUCAGUGUGUGAGACUGGUGAGAUAAGACUAGCUAAUGGUUUCUCUACUACUGAUGGUCGUGUUGAAGUCUGUUCUAAUGGAGUCUGGGGCUCUGUCUGUUAUGCUUUGUGGGACUCCUUUGAUUCGUCUGUUGUCUGUAGCACACUGGGAUACGCUAAAAUUGGUGAGGCUUAUUUUGCUGGUUUCACUCGUCGCCCUGGACCUGGUACAGGGCCGGUACUGAUGAGUGUUGUCAGUUGCCUAAGGAGCUCCAACUCUUUGUUUGAUUGCUAUUAUACCGGAGCUCUCAUUGGCUGCAAUCAUUUUACUGACGUUGGAGUAAGGUGCUUUAAUAGAGGUGACUGUACUCCCGGUGAUGUGAGACUACUGUUAGGUUUCGCUCUUAGUAAUGAACGUGGACGUGUAGAGGUCUGCUAUGAUGGAGUGUGGGGAACUGUUAGUAGCGGUGGCUGGUCUGAUAAUGAUGCUAAGGUUGUAUGUAAGCAAUUAGGAUACUUCCCUUACGUGGCUCUCCCAAGAUCAAAUGGCUUUUAUGGUCGAGGUCCGUUCAGUCAACCCAUUCCACUUCAUGGUGUUGGGUGCUUUGGACAAGAAGACAAGUUAUUGGACUGUGGCUUUCUGCCACGCCCCUUGGUGGGAGUGACCCAUUCUAACGAUGCUGGAGUCGACUGCUUCACUUUUAAUGGCACUGCUAAUUCACCUAACUGUACAGCUGGUUCCUUGAGAUUGGUGGGUGGGGCUAAUGAACACGAGGGUCGCGUUGAGGUCUGUCUUAGCGGUGAAUGGGGCACUGUUUGUGAUGAUAGCUUCGGCCCUAACUCUGCUAAUGUCAUUUGUAACCAGUUAGGAUUCUCAAGAUAUGGUGCUGUUGCAUUACCUCGUUCAUAUUAUGGCGAGGGUAAUGGGAGUAUAUUUCUUGAUGAUUUAUCGUGUACUGGUCAUGAGAAGAACUGGUGGGAGUGUACCUCAUAUACCGCAAACCAUAACUGUAGACAUAUUGAGGAUGCUUCAGUCAGGUGUCAGCCCAAAGCAUGUGACCACGGUGCCGUUAGGUUAGCUGAUGGUACUAACGAACUAGAAGGACGCCUUGAAGUCUGUAUUGAUGGAGCCUGGGGCACUGUGUGUCAUGAUUUCUGGACCGGCAUUGAUGCACAAGUGGUCUGUCGCCAGCUUGGCUACUUGGGAACAUUUGCCCUUGGAUACAACAGCGCAUUCUUUGGCCAGGGGACUGGUCCUAUUGUGAUGGAUGACCUUCGUUGUGUUGGUAAUGAGUCCAGAAUUAUUGACUGUCCGUUUGAUGUACACACUGCUGACUGUUCUCACCUGUUUGACGUCGGAGUCAAGUGUUACCCUGAUGAAGGUUCAGCUACCAAUACAUCAGUAUGUAAGUUAGGAGACACUAGACUAGUUAAUGGAUCAAAGCCAAAUGAAGGGCGAGUUGAGGUCUGCAUUGAUAACGUAUGGGGCACUGUCUGUGACGACAGGUUCCAACCUCCUGAUGCUAUCAUUGUCUGUAGACAGUUAGGAUACUCUGAUUUAGGGGCUACCCCGGUUCCUGGUGCUGCCUAUGGUAGAGGCACUGGCCCUAUAUACAUGGACAAUACUUAUUGUUUUGGUGACGAGGACUGGCUCCUCGACUGUGCCUUUGAUCCACACACGGCAGACUGUCAUCACGGAAGAGAUGUAGGAGUUAUUUGUUCAGUACCAGAUGAGUGUAAAACUGGUGACAUUAGGUUGGUGAAUGGAUCAGUUCCAACUGAAGGACGUAUUGAGAUAUGUGUUGAUGGUGUUUGGGGUACCAUCACUUCCAUUGAUUUCGAUCACAGAGACGCUAGAGUUGCCUGUACACAGUUAGGAUAUGAUGGCAGAUAUGCAGUUACAUAUGGAUUCAAUACUUUCUCCUAUUUUGGUGAUGGGAUUGGCCCAGUCCACAUGCACAAUUUGGCUUGUGUUGGUAAUGAGCCAUCACUAUUGAACUGCACUUAUGAUAGGUUAAACCCCUUGAUUAUUAACCCUCACAUUGCUGAUGCUGGAGUCCGCUGCUUCAAUACAUCAAUUCCUGCUUGUACUCCUGGUGAUAUAAGACUAGUCAAUGGUAGCUCUCCAUCUGAAGGACGUGUUGAGAUGUGUAUGGACAAUGUCUGGGGAACACUCUGUGGUAUUAUUUGGCUUGAAAUAGACUCACUCGUCGUUUGUAGACAACUUGGAUACAACGACUAUGCUGCACUGACUCUACCCGGUGGUAGCUAUGGUCUUGGUGUUAACGCCAGUAACGCCUCCAGUGUCCCAAUAUACCUCACUCCGCUGUGCAACGGUACUGAAAAACGGCUACUUGACUGUGAACACUAUCAGGUAGCUGUUUGUAACCACGGACAUGAUACUGCACUGAGGUGCUUCAAUUCUGACUCCUGUACUGAGGGUGCCCUCCGUUUGGUUAAUGGUAGCUCAAUGAAUGAGGGACGCAUUGAAAUCUGUCAGCACAACAUUUGGGGCACCAUUUGCGAUGACUUCAUUUCUAGAGUCGAUGCUAGAGUCGUGUGUAGAAAUCUUGGACUUAAUGAAAGAUAUGCUGUAUCAUUUGUUGGUGGCUAUUUUGGUGUUGGAACUGGGCCUAUUCACAUGGACGAUGUACAGUGUGCUGGCACGGAGACGAAACUAAUAGACUGUGAACACGACAGUUCGACUGACGACUGUGGGCGCAAUGAAGAUGCUGGUGUAGCCUGUUAUAAUCAGAGUCAGUGUACCACUGGUGACGUGCGACUGGUUAAUGGUAACAACACGUACGAGGGUCGACUGGAGUUGUGUUCUGCCGGUAUAUGGGGAACUGUCUGUAGCUUUGGGUUUGGUUUAGCCGAGGCUAUAGUCGUGUGCACUCAACUCAAUUUAACAUCAACUUAUGCUGUACCGUUUGUUAAUAGUUAUUAUGGGCGUGGCUCCAGUGAGAUUGUUGCUAGUUCUAUGAGUUGUUUCGGUACUGAGCGAAGACUCACUAGCUGUCGGUACUCAGUCACAGCUGCAGCGUCAUGUUCACACUUCCAGGAUGCAGGCGUGGCCUGUUACCCCACAGCCCAGUGUAAUACAACUGGUCUAACGAGACUGGUCAACGGUCAGAAUCAGUACGAGGGUCGUGUUGAGAUUUGUUUAAAUGGUGUCUGGGGAACUGUUGAAGAUGAUCGCUUUAGUACUCAGGAAGCAGCUGUUGUCUGUCGCUCUCUUGGCUACCCAACCAUUGGAGCUGAGCCUUUGCCAAGGGCAUAUUUUGGUCCUGGGAAUGGAAGGCUACAAAUGACAUUGCUAAGUUGUACUGGGAAUGAGAACAACCUCACAGCAUGUCCUUAUAACAAUGUACUGACCACUGCUCAUCAUUUUGAAGAUGUUGGAGUGAGAUGCUAUUCUGGGGGUCAAUGUACUAAUGGUUCUAUAAGACUCUCUGAUGGUGAGACUGAUCUGGAAGGACGUGUUGAGGUCUGUUCUCAAGGAGUCUGGGGCACCGUCUCUCGUUUUGGCUGGACCUCACUCACUGCUAGAGUAGCUUGCCGUCAACUAGGAUAUUCAGAUAAAAUUGGUUUUGUUAUUCCAGUGCGACCAGGUAUAGGUCCAGUAGCUAUUAACAGUAUUAAUUGUGAUGGAGAUGAGCCUUCAAUCUUUAAUUGCACUUACACCACUAACUCACGUAUAAUCGCCCACCAGUUCGAUGUUGGGAUCAAGUGCUACAAUAUAACAGUACCAGGCCAGUGUACAAACGGUGCUGUUCGACUAAUAGGCAGUUAUACACCAAUGGAAGGUCGAGUUGAAGUCUGUGCCAAUGGUAUUUGGCAAAUGGUCUGUGACACCCAAUGGAGUCAGGCCGACGGUAACGUGGUCUGUCGCCAACUGGGCUACGGAGCGUUUGGUAAUCGAGUCCGUUAUGCUUCUUUUUAUGGACACAGUAAUAAUGGGUUCUUGCUUGGUAGUGUUCGCUGCUCUGGGUUCGAAGAUAAGCUUGUGGAUUGUCCUGUUGUUGCUAAUCCUCAAUGCACUGUGCUCCGAUCAGCCGGCGUACAGUGCUCAAACAAGAGUUGUGAGGAUGGUGACAUUCGUCUUGUUGGUGGAUCUAAUGAUAAUGAAGGAAGAGUUGAAGUGUGUAUUGGUGGAGUGUGGGGCACUGUCUGCAGUAGACAAUGGGAAACAACUGAUGCUCGUGUGGUCUGUGGUCAAUUAGGAUACUCAAACUUCACUGCUGUAGCAAUAUACAACGCUUAUUAUGGCCUUGGAUCCGGCCCAAUAUUAAUGAACUCACUCCAGUGCACGGGGAAUGAGGACAAACUUAUUAACUGUGACUACUCAAAUAUUAUAUUCAACUGUAACCACGGGUUAGAUGCUGGCGUCAAGUGUUUUAACUCAACCAGCGACGGAGUGUGUGACUUGGGAGAUGUUAGACUAGUGGGUGGAGCUUACAAGGAAGAAGGAAGAGUGGAGGUUUGUUUCAAUGGUCAGUGGGGGACCGUCUGUGAUGAGCGUUGGGACGUUCUUGAUGCCACUACCACUUGCAGUCAGCUAGGAUAUCAACCAAUUGGUAGAGCAUUCACUAGUUCAUUCUUUCCUCCUGGCAAUGGCUCUAUAUUUAUGAACAAUUUGGACUGUUUUGGUUCUGAAGGAUACCUUGCCCACUGCCCCUAUCAGGACAAUAUUGCUGACUGUACUCAUGCCAGUGAAGCUGGAGUCAGAUGCUACCUUCCUGAUAACUGUACUAAUGGUCAAAUCAGAUUAUUCAGCAACAGAUUUGUCAAUUAUUCAGUCGAUGGAAGAAUAGGACGACUAGAGUAUUGUUACGAGGGAGUAUGGUCAUCAAUCAGUGCUUUCAUAUGGAACAGUUUACAAUCAAGAAUAGCCUGUAGGGAGCUAGGCUUCAGUGAUUCCCUGUCACCAACAUAUGUUCAAAAUAUAAACUUUGGUCCAGUUCAUGGUCCCAAUGUAUAUGUCUUUUGUCGUGGAUUGUUCCCUUCUUUGAGUAAUUGUACAGUUGCUCCAGCUGAUGUAGUGUCACCGUUUUAUACCGCUCCUACUCCUUAUGUCUACCUUUAUUGCCCUCGGCCACCAUGUAAUGAUGGUGACAUUAGGCUGGUCAAUGGCUCGGUUCCUCAUCGAGGACGAAUAGAAAUAUGUAUCAACAACACUUGGGGAACAAUAAGUGAUGACAGGUGGUCUUACGCUGACGGACAAGUUGCAUGUAGACAACUGGGAUAUUCUGAUCAAGUGUUGACAGUGCGUGUCAGAGCUUAUUACGGGGAAGGCAAAGGCCCAAUAUUCUUUAGGAAUUUCUUUUGUCUUGGAACCGAACGAAGGCUCAUCAACUGUGCCUCGUCUACUAACACUGCCUUUGAGAGACAUUCGGAAGACGCUGGACUUGACUGCUAUCCUAACAAUGAGUGUACUCAUGGUGAGAUAAGACUGGUCAAUGGUACCACAGAGUAUGAGGGUCGUCUUGAAGUUUGUAAUGAUGGAGUCUGGGGGACUGUCACUAGUGAUGGGUGGUCCUUUUAUGAUGCAAGGGUGGUCUGCGCACAGCUUGGAUUCUCCAGGAGAUAUGCACUCCAUUAUGACUCAUCUGUCUUUGGUUCUAAUUACAAUAUACCAAUCGUCAUGGAUGGAGUAUUCUGCUUUGGUAACGAAAAUUAUCUUGUUAAUUGCUCCUACAGGAGUAGGCCAUCAGCAUUUGACACACACGCUAAGGAUGUUGGUAUACAGUGCUAUGGAAAGGACGUUGGCAAUUGCACCACUGGUGCUGUGCGAUUGGUCAAUGGUGCUGAUAAAUACGAAGGCACUGUACAAAUAUGCAUUGGUGGAGUAUGGGGAACUGUGUGUGAUAGUUUUUGGUCUGAGGCUGACGGUAGAGUCGUGUGUAGACAAUUGGGAUACGCCACAGCAGGUGUAACAAUUUACAGAUCUUCUUAUUAUGGCAAUGGCACUCAAGGUCCUAUUUAUCUCAAUCGUAUGUUUUGCUCCGGAAAUGAAGAAAACCUCUUGCUUUGCAACCACUCGCCAUAUACCGAUUUUUGUACUCAUGAAAGAGACGCUGGAGUGAAAUGUCUCCCUGGAAGUAAUUGUACCAUUGGUGAGGUCAGACUGGCUGGUAGCUCGCUAAGUUAUGAAGGAAGAGUUGAAGCCUGCAUUGAGGGGGUUUGGGGCACAAUAUGUCACACUUUAUGGGGCCAGAAAGAUGCUACUGUGGUAUGCAGGCACCUAGGGCUGCCAUAUCAAUAUCCAGUGCCAAUCAGAGAGGGAUCAUUUGGUCCAACUACUUUACCUAUUUUGCGCAAUAACUUAAGAUGUAGCGGUAAUGAAGCCAAUAUAUCAGAGUGCUCAUCAAUCAGACCAUUCUUCUGCACUAAUUCUCAGACUGUCAGUGUAGCAUGUCUUUCUGAAGCUAUGUGUACUCAUGGUGAUAUGAGACUAGUCAAUGGAACUGGGUUGGUAUCAGGUAACGAUACUUCGGGUACAAUUGAGAUUUGCAUUAACGGAGUCUGGGGGACUGUCUGUGAUGACAAUUGGAACAUUGAUGAUGCUAAAGUCGCCUGUAAUGGGCUAGGACUCCCCUCUACCUAUGUAAAGCCAUACCACAAUGCUCAUUUUGGUGAAGGAGAAGGUCCUGUCUUCCUAUCAGGUCUACGGUGUGUCGGAAAUGAGCUCAAUCUAACCACCUGCACUCACAUCCUUGAGUUCAACUGUGCCCACAGAGAAGAUGCUGGUGUUCAAUGUCUGGCGAAAGCUGAGUGUUCACCAGAAGGUGCAAUCAAGUUAGUGAAUGGUUCUUCACCUAGUGAAGGAAGGCUUGAGGUCUGCAUUAGAGGAGUGUGGGGUACUGUAUCUGAUGAUAGGUGGGACUCAGUCUCUGCUUCCACUGUAUGUAGUAUAUUAGGAUUCAGCUCUCGAGGUAUGGUAGAUAGAAUUGGUACAUAUGGUCGAGGUGUUGGUCCAGUUCAUUUGGAUAACGUGUUCUGUUAUGGAUUUGAGGAGACUAUACUUGAUUGCAGUUAUGAUUAUAAUAAUGGCCUUGAGACUCAUGCUGAAGACGUUGGUAUCAAAUGUCUUGUUGGUGGUGUAUGUAAUCAUGGUGAGGUGAAGUUGGUUGGUGGGUCUGAUCCUUCUGAAGGACGUAUUGAAGUCUGUGUUGAUGGUCUUUGGGGGACGGUGGAUUCAUUCCUACUACAAUCGAACGUUGCUAAAAUUGUCUGUCGCCAGCUUGGAUACUCUGAUCAAGUGGCACUCCUCUAUUAUAAUGCUUAUUUUGGUGCUGGUUCUGGUCUUGUUGCUCUUGCCUACACAUACUGUGAUGGAGAUGAGGCUAAUCUCACUGAGUGUUCCUCCUGGAAGUUCCCUCCUGUUUAUUUCCACUCUGAUGAUGCUGGAGUCAAGUGCUACAACACAUCAGAACUAAUGGCCGGUUCCUGUACUGCUGGAGAUGUAAGACUAUUCGGAGGUCCUAAUAAUAGAUCAGGUGUAGUGGAGCUCUGUCUCAAUGGACAAUGGGGAGCUUUAUGUGACACGAGCCCUGAUGAUGAUGUAGCUGAUGUUGUCUGUGGGCAAUUAGGAUUUGCUAGCAAAGGGUCGACUGCAGUCUUUGCAACUGCUGCUAGUUAUGUUAGAAGUAAUGCCACAGGGCCUUUCUGGUUGAGGGAUGUAUCGUGUACUAAUUCACCCGAUAGUCUCCUUGACUGUGUAAGAUAUAAUCCUGACACAAGAAGUUGUACCAGCUCACGGACUAUUGGAGUCAACUGUAGCUUGAUUGAAUGUGAUGUAGGUGAUGUUCGUUUGGUUGAUGGUGAUGCUCCUUAUGAGGGUCGAGUUGAACUGUGUUUAGGUGGAAAAUGGGGAACAGUCUGUGAUAGCUCUUGGGAUCAUAGAGACGCUCAAGUUAUAUGCAAGCAGUUGGGAUAUAGCGGAGACUAUGCUUCUCCUUAUCAUGCCAAUGUUUAUCCUGGAGGUACAGUUCCAACGUUCAUUGAUGCAAUGUAUUGUACUGGGAAUGAGACAAAAUGGUCGCAGUGUAGAUACAGUACAUCAUUCACAUAUAUUUGUCGUCGUGAUGAUGACGUAGGAGUGAGAUGCUACAAUGAUUCUGCUCCUGGUGAUUGUGAAACCGGUCUUGCUCGACUUGUCAAUGGUACCGGAAACUACGACGGUAGAGUGGAGGUAUGCAUAUAUGGCACUUGGAGUACAGUUUGUGACAAUUACUGGGAAGUGCGUGAUGCUACUGUAGUCUGUAACCAGCUUGGAUACAAUAGCACUGGAGUUGCUAUAGCAUACAAGGAGAGUUAUUAUGGCUCUGGUUCUGGUGAGACAUUGCUUCGCUCAUUGACCUGCAGUGGAACAGAGAACAGUCUUUUAGAAUGUAUCCAUACAGCAACUAUUGGCUCCUGUGAUCACAGCAGGGACUCUGGAGUUAGAUGUAAAGCAGGAGUUGAGUGUAAUGUCAGUGGAGAAGUGAAGCUGGUGGAUGGGUCUUCACAGUUGGAUGGUCGUGUUGAAAUGUGCUACAAAGGACUCUGGCAUACUAUACCAAGAAGCUUUAGAUGGUCAGGCUCUAAUGCAAAGCUUGUUUGUAGGCAGUUGGGAUAUUCAAGAUUCAUUGCUGACGUUAUUACACCAGUACCAGGAAAAGGCCCCAUAUAUUCUUCGGCAUUUUAUUGUACAAGUAAUGACAACUACUUGUUGAAUUGUGAUCACAGAAAUUUAACAUAUGGAAACUAUGAUCACAGUAGUGAUGUGGGUGUUCGAUGCUAUGCUAAUGUCUCCAUUAACUGUACAUAUGGGUCUCUAAGACUAGUCAAUGGUUCUACCGAGAGAGAGGGAAGGCCAGAGGUCUGUUGGAAUGGAAUUGAUUGGAUUCCAUUGUCCAGUUCGUGGUCCAGCAAUAACCUACGGAUUGCAUGUAACAGAUUGGGCUUUGGUGCAAUUGGUGCAAAUGUUACUACUUUUGCUAAUAAAAGUGCAAACUUGUCCCUAAGGAUGAGUUGCUAUGGAAGGAUCUCAGUGUAUGAUUGUGAUUAUAGUCUAGUGAGGAAUGCAAGGCCAGUUCAGUAUAAUACUGGCAUUAUUUGUCCUGCUCCAAUGUCUAAUUGUACUGAUGGUGAUAUUCGUUUGACUGGAGGGGCCUCAGAGUUAGAAGGAAGAUUGGAGAUAUGCUAUGGUAAAACCUGGGGAACUAUCAAUGAUUUUGGAGUGAUAACACUUGAGUCUGCUGUUGUAUGCCGUCAGUUGGGUUUCUCUGAUCAAGGUAGCCGUAUUUACACCAGUGAUAUUUUUGGAGGCGAUACACUUCCAGUUGCCUUUGAUUAUUUUGUAUGCCAGGGAGAUGAGAACAGAGUCUGGGACUGCUCACUGCGUUACUACGGCUUUUUCUUCUUCUUUUCUGAUCCUAUUAGUAUACGAUGCCAACCCAAAGGAAUCAACUCUACCUCUCCUCCUGUCCCAUCCUCAACUUCUCCUCCAUUAAUGAGUACCACAAUGACCUCGAGAAUAACUUCCACUGCCAUGUCAACCACAUCAGGGAUCCCCACAUCUUCUAAAAUUAGGAGCACUAGGCCUACACCAUCAAGAACAACCAGUACUAUACAACAAUCUUCCAAUACUUUACAACAAUCUUCCAGUGCUAUACAACAAUCUUCCAGUGUUUCUUCAUCUGCUACUUCUUCUUCAAUUCCACCACUGGUUGAGCCAACAAAUGUUGGGCAGAUAUCUCUUACUGCUACUAUCAGUGGAGGAGAAAUAACUGCAGGAAACCUUGACCGUAAUGCUUUCAAAAAUGCUGUUGCCUUGUCUCUAAACAGUUACUGCGCAAAACAAGAAUGCUCCUCUAGAAAGAGAGAUUCUGACAAUCAUUUCCAGAAUAUUGAUAGCAAUAAUGUAUAUAUUAAAGAAGUGAAGGAUAUUGGAGGCGGUCGUAUGACUAUUGAGUUUUAUGUGAUGGUUAGAAGUGGUGUUGGAUAUGAUCCUGAUACUUUAGAGGAUGCCAUUAAAGAUGGAAUAAAUAAUGGUGUAUUUAGACGUGCUGGUUUCACCACUAUGAGUGUACAAAAGACUAGCACCACAACAGUAGCAACUCCUGGAGAUACUUCUAAAUCAUCAGGUCUCUCUGCUGGUGCUUCUGCUGGUCUUGCCCUUGGAAUCAUCAUCCUUCUUAUAGUGAUUGGUGUAGUUGUGGCUGUCUUAGUUAUAAUAUGGCUGAAGUAUAAGACUCAUAAAUAUGACAAAGACGGUUUGGUCGUGCGCAGUGAAAGUGGCUUCCUCAGUAACAGGAGCUCUUGUGUUGAAAUGGACACUCCUGGAUAUGAUCAAGACCAGCCUUUCUCUGAGAAAGGGUAUGAGAAAAUGCAAGAGGCCAUGUCAGAAAACACUGAAGGAGAGACAACUGAAGGUGGAAAAACUGAAACCACAGCAGAGACAGCUGAGCUCUAAUGAUCUUUGUUUUAUUUUAAUGCACAUUUCUUUUACCAUGCUGCCUAUUAUUAGUCUAUAUACUACCUGAAACUUUUAUUGUUUUCCGUUUUGAACAAUAAUAUUGUCACAUUUCCCUCACAUGUACAUGCAGUCUUGCAAGAAUUUUUUUGUAACUUAAUGCUAUUUUUUCUGCUGCUCUGUAUAAUAAUGUUUGAUAAUCAUUUCCUCUGACAUUCUACUGUACUUCUGUAUUUCUUUUGCACUAUUUUGAAAGUAGAAUCAUUGUUUUGGUAAUAAUAA